AUGAAUGAGGAACUGGAUCAAAAUGGUACAGCUGAGAAGGAAAAUCAUUCAUUCUUAAUAAAUGGAUCAACCUCAUAUUUUUAUCUUCAAAACAACGUUACGUAUCUUCCAUUUUAUCAGCACACAACUUCAGUAGCCACAAUCUUCAUAAUCUCGUACCUUCUAAUCUUCCUGCUCUGCAUGUUGGGUAAUAGUUUGGUAUGUUUUAUUGUGGUGAGGAAUCGACACAUGUGGACAGUAACCAACCUCUUCAUCCUUAACCUUGCUAUUAGUGACCUCCUUGUUGGAAUAUUCUGCAUGCCUACCACUCUUGUGGACAAUAUUCUUACAGGGUGGCCCUUCGGAAACUUUGUGUGCAAGAUGAGUGGCUUGGUUCAAGGAAUCUCUGUGUCUGCCUCUGUUUUUACUCUUGUUGCAAUAGCUGUUGACAGAUUCAGAUGUAUUGUUUAUCCUUUCAAACAAAAACUGAACAUGACUGUUGCAACCAUCAUCAUUGCUGUGAUUUGGCUUCUUGCAAUCUCCAUCAUGUGUCCUUCUGCAGUCAUGCUGAAGGUGACCAAGUUGCCUGACAAUGUAAGGAUCGUCCACAGCAGCAAGACUACGUACGCUUGCUAUCAGUGUUACGAGGCAUGGCCAAGUCAGAAAAUGAGAAAAAUUUACACAACCAUUUUGUUUUCCAACAUUUACUUGGCUCCUUUGUCCCUUCUUGUGAUUAUGUAUGCAAGGAUGGGGAUGACUCUUUAUAAAAUGAGCGCACCUGUUGGAGAAGCAGUUCAACAGGAAAAUCGCAACGCUGUGUCUCAAAAGAAGCGGCGAGUCAUCAAGAUGUUAGGAAUAGUAGCUCUGAUGUUCACCCUGUCAUGGCUGCCACUCUGGGCCGUAACAAUGUUGACUGACUACACCAACCUUUCGUACAACAAAUUCAGAAUAAUCAAUUUCUACAUUUAUCCCUUUGCCCACUGGCUGGCAUUCUGCAACAGCAGCGUCAACCCCAUCAUUUACGGUUACUUCAACAAGAACUUUCGCCGAAGCUUUCAAGCUGCCUUUCAAUUUCAGAUGUGCUCUUCAAAAGUCAAGCAGAGAGACAUCAACACACAUCCAAUUUCUAACAAGUUCAUUUUAACGGCCCAGAAUAAGAUCGGACAGGACCCUGCAACAAGUAACUCGGAAGUAAUAGAUGACUGCAGCACCAGUCGGGCAGUGAAAAACGUCGGUAAAUGGAAUGUAAACCUGGUUCUUGAAGAGUUGGACAAUAGAAUAAAUUACAGUGAUCACAAUGUUUCAUUGUAA